UGUAUAAAUAGAUCUAAAACAAUAUCUAUUCUUGUAGGUACAUAUUUAUUAGUCCAGCUUAAUAGGAUCGAAACUAAAGAUACUUUAUAUUUUAAUCCAUAAUAAAAAUGGAUUUCACAAAUAAAAUUGUACUAAUUACUGGCGCAAGUUCAGGGAUCGGAGCGGCUACAGCGAUAUACUUUUCAAAAUUGUCUGCAAAACUUGCCUUGACCGGAAGAAAUGAAAAUAAUUUGAAAAAGAUUGCUUUGUAUUGUGAGAAGGCUAAGGGAAUAAAGCCUUUGACCGUUGUGGCGGAUUUGACAGAAGAUUUAGAUGUUGAAAAACUCGUUAAAGAGACUAUAGAUCACUACGGUAGAAUUGAUGUUUUAAUAAAUAAUGCUGGCGUAUUAGCCAUAGGAGGAAUCAAGGAUACCAAUAUGGAGAUGUAUGACAAAGUCAUGUCUACGAAUAUGCGAGCGGUUUACCAUUUAACGAUGUUGUGUGUCCCACAUCUUUCUGCAUCCAAGGGAAGCAUUAUUAACGUAUCUAGUAUCAAUUCUUCUAAGGCCUACACCAAUUAUUUACCAUAUAACAUUUCAAAAGCUGCAUUAGAUCAUUUCACAAAAUGUGUAGCCUUGGAAUUAGCACCAGAUGGUGUUCGUGUAAACUCUGUAAAUCCAAGUUUUGUGAAGACUAACAUUCUAAAAUAUGUAGGAUUAACUGAUGAUCAAAUUGAAUUAUUAGUUCAGAAUGUUGUUGGCAGAACGCCUAUGAAAAAGAUAGUAGAAGCCAGUGAAGUGGCUGCUCUAAUUGCUUUCUUAGCUAGUGACCUAGCCAAGAGUAUAACCGGAUCAUGUAUGUCAGUCGAUGGUGGAAGUAAAUUGCAAUAAAAUAAUAAUAUAUUUAAAUUUACACAUUGAAAUGCAGAUCAGCUAUAUUGUAUUUACUUCUAGUCAUAAUUAUUGUUAAAACCUAAAUUAACUUUAAAAGUUUUAUUAUUUAUAUUGUAUAUUGGAAAUAACAAAUGUUGAGUAUCACGUUGAUGUUGUAGUAGAUGCAUAUUCUUAAUUAACAAUAAAAUUGUAUAAUGCUUAAGAUAUUUAUUAAAGUCAGACUUUAAUCUCA